GAGAGACACCUACAGAGAGAGAGAGAGAGAAAGAGAGAGAGAGACAGAAAGAGAGAGACAGGCAGGAGGGGAGGGGGAGGAGUGUGCUAUUCAAGGCUCUUGUCCUCUGUGUGUGUCCAUCACAGCCCAGGGGGUGGAGCUUACACACACACACACACACACACACCCUGUCCCGCUCUCACACUCAGCUCAGACUGACAGUAGUGAGUGGAAGCACAGACACACUGAGGAACCAGGAUCUCCCGGAGGAUUUUAGGACACUGCUUUAGGGUGUGUGUGUGUGUGUGUGUGUGUGUGUGUGUGUGUGUGUGUGUUAAUGAUGGCAUGCCAGUUUACACUCCCGGUGUGUGUGUUCCUGCUGUUGUGGUCAUGUGUGUGUGGCUUUAACCUGGAGACCACUGACACUCUGAGCAAAGAGGGAGAACGCGGCAGCUUCUUCGGCUUCUCACUCGCCCUCCACACACAGACCACCCCCCAUAACCAGAGCUGGAUCCUGGUGGGGGCGCCACGAGCUCGAGGUCUUGGUCACCUGCGUCACACUCACACAGGUGCUCUGUAUCGCUGUCCAAUCACAGCUGAGGAGUUUGAUUGUGAGCGAGUCGACAUCGAUGGAGACGUGAGUUUGGACAGAGAGAGUAAAGACAAUCAGUGGCUCGGUGUGACGGUGAAGAGUCAAGGCAUCGGAGGAAAAGUUGUGACGUGCGCUCACCUUUACGAACUCCGCCAACGCGUUAAUCAGCCGUCUGAAACCCGCGAUCCGAUUGGCCGGUGCUACGUACUCAGUGAAGACCUGAGUGAGAGAGAUGACCUGGACGGAGGAGAAUGGAAGUUCUGUGAAGGUCGUCCUCAAGGUCACGAGCAAUUUGGUUUCUGUCAGCAGGGACUAGCAGUGAGCUUCACCCCCGAUAAUAACUACAUCCUGUUUGGAGCGCCAGGAACCUAUAACUGGAAAGGGCUGUUGUUCAUGGCAAGCGCGGUUGAGGACGCGUUGGUGUAUAAAACUCUGGAACCAUCCAAACGGCCCAUGGUUCAGGAUGUAGCCCAGAAUAGCUACUUAGGUUUUUCGGUGGACUCGGCUAAAGGAGUGAUGCAGCACUCCGAGCUAACGUUCAUAGCUGGCGCACCUCGUGCUAAUCACACUGGCGCCGUGGUGCUGCUGAAGAAGGACAGCGCGUACCGCCUCGUCCCCGAGUUCAUCCUGUGGGGGGAGGAGCUAGCGUCCUCGUUCGGAUACUCUGUGUCUGUCACAGACCUCAACCAGGACGGGUGGACAGAUUUAAUCGUGGGAGCUCCAAACUUCUUCGACCGUAAGGCGGAGAUUGGGGGGGCGGUGUACGUGUUCCUGAACCCCACUGGUCACUGGGAGGAGGCACGGCCCAUCCGCCUCAACGGAACCUAUGACUCCAUGUUCGGCAUGACGGUGAGCGCCGCGGGAGACCUCGACCUUGACGGAUACACAGAUUUUGCAGUGGGUGCUCCGUUUGAUGGACAGGGUAAAGUGUUUAUUUUCAGGGGUUCAGCUGAAGGAAUCGACACUAAACCGUCUCAGGUUCUGGACGGAUUAAAUGCAGGAGUGUCCCGUUUCGGUUACUCCAUAUCCGGAGGUUUGGAUAUCGAUGGGAAUUUGUACCCGGACCUGGCGGUCGGAUCCCUCAGUGACCAGGUGGUUCUGUUCAGGUCACGGCCGGUGAUCCAGGUGAUCAGGGACAUUUCAGUGGAGCCGCAGCACAUUGACCUGACGCAGCACACCUGUAAGGGCCGAGACGGUGUGUGUGUGGAGGUGAAGGCCUGUUACAGCUACAGAGCUCAGCCUGAGUCUUACUCACCUUACAUCACUCUUGGUGUUCAUUUCGAGGCAGACACUGAGCGCAGGAAGUCGGGGCUGCCUCACAGAGUUCACUUCCUGGGUCGAAGGUCAUCUGAGCCUGAAUACAUUCAUUCAGAAGAGCUCGUGCUGAGAGGCCAAAAUCACCCAGCUUGCCAGUCCGCCACCUUCAUAGUGCAGGAGAACAUCAGAGAUAAACUGCGUCCGGUCUCCCUCGCUAUCACACACACCAUAAAAAGGACACGACAUGACGGACACGGCGGUGAUCACACACACACACACCAGCGUCUGGGCCGUCUCACCCCCGUCCUGAGUCUCACCCCCCCUAACACACUCCACUCUGAGGUGAACUUCAUCAGAGAGGGCUGCGGUGACGACAACAUCUGCCAAAGUAACCUGAAACUGAACUACAGAUUUGGGACACGACCCUCAAUUUCAGAUCUCUUCACUGCUUUACCAAUAGGGGAGGAUGGUGUGCCUGUGUUUUCUCUUUCUGAUCAGAGGUCAGUGGUUUUGGAGGUGACGGUGAUGAACAAGCCCUCUGACCCCACCCACCCCGAGGAGGAUGGAGACGAUGCCCAUGCUGCUCAGCUCACACUGACACUACCACACACACUCACCUACUCUGGGGUCAGGGGUCAGCAGGUGGUGUGUGAGGCGAAUCAGAAUGGCUCCCAGGCGGAGUGUGAGCUCGGAAAUCCACUAAAGAGAGAUGCUGUGUUGAUUUUCUACAUUAUAUUGAGCACGUCAGGCAUCACAGUGGAAACCAGGUCUUUAUCAGUGAACCUGCAGAUGUCCACGAUCAGUGAUCAGCUCCACCUGUCUCCUGUUACAGCUCUCGCUCGAGUAGUGAUCGAACUUCCUUUCACUGUCACCGGAGUGGCUCGUCCUCAUCAGCUGUUCUUCAGUGGGAAGGUUCGAGGUGAGAGUGCGAUGGAGACACUGGAGCAAACAGGAAGUGAAGUGGAGUUCGAGUUUACUGUGUCUAACAGCGGUCAGUCUCUGCAGACUCUGGGCUCGGCGUUUCUCACCAUCAUGUGGCCUCACCAGCUGGCGAAUGAGAAAUGGCUGCUUUACCCAACGGGUUUACACUCGGCCCAUCCACACACACACUGCACACACCACCCUGCACUCAACACGCUCGGCCUCAAACACCCACCUCAUACACACCACCCACACACACAGCAGCUCCAGGUCAGGAGACCGCGCUCAUAUCCUGAGGAUGAGGAACAAAUGCCCAUGAAGAACAACAUAAACGACAACACGCCAGCCGUCGCUGCUAACGAGAGACGCAAAUCCCUCAAACUGGACUGUGUGUUAGGCUCAGCGAGGUGUGUGGUGUUUCAGUGUGCACUGCAGAAUUUCUCCGGUUCUGCAAAGUUCACAAUCAAAGCUCGUCUCUGGAACAGCACAUUUAUAGAGGAGUUCUCGGCGGUCAGUGUGUUGGAGGUGUUGGUCAGAGCAAACAUCUCAGUGAAGUCUAGCAUAAAACAUCUGGUGCUGAGAGACGCUGCUGCACAGGUAUCAGUGAUGGUGUAUCCUGAGCUGAGUGUGUUGGAUCAGUCAUGGGUUCCAUGGUGGAUUAUCCUGAUCGCUAUAUUAGCUGGAGUGAUCGUCCUCGCUGUGAUCAUCUGCAUCUUGUGGAAGUUCGGGUUUUUCCGGAGGUCUCCAUAUAAGGACAGCGUUCCUCAAUAUCAUGCAGUGAGAAUCCGGCAUCAGGAACGUUCUCACCUCCACCCUGACCUCCAGCCUGAAAAACCUCUCAAACCUGAAAAAAACCCCACAUCACACAUCAAACAUUGGAGGACACAGUGGAGCGACGGCACACACUGACACACACACACACACACACACACACACACACACACACACACACACACACAUACACACACAGGUUUACUUCAGCAUGUGCUAAUAAUCAGUUAAACGAUAUUAAACACACAACAGCAUUAUAGUGCUUCCAGAAGUCCUCUGUGUUCCAUUUAAGAUGCUGCUUACAUAGAGAAUAGGGCAUAGGGUUGUCUGUCUGGUCCAUAUAUGGGAUAGGGUGUGUCUUUCUGGUCCAUAUAUGAAUAUGGCAUGUGUUUCUAAUCCAUAUAUGGGAUAGGGCAUAUCUUUAUGGUCCAUAUAUGGAAUAGGGCAUGUCUUUAUUGUCCAUAUAUGGAAUGGGGUGUGUCUUUAUUGUCCAUUUAUGGAAUGGGGCAUGUCUUUAUUGUCUAUAUAUGGAAUAGGGUGUGUCUUUCUGGUCCAUAUAUGGGAUAGGGUGUAUUUAUGGUCCAUAUAUGGAAUAGGGUGUGUCUUUAUGGUCUAUAUAUGGAAUAUAUGGCAUAUAUUUGAGCCCAUAUAUGGUAAUCGUGGGUACAUGAGGAAGUGUUUGUGUGUAUAUAGAAAUGUGGUUAUUGAAGAAAAGGUCAUUAUUUGUCACACAUACAUUACAUUACAGGGAAAUUCUUUUCUUUGCAUAUCCCAGCUUUUUGGAAGUUGGGGUCAGGGUCAGCCAUGAUACAAUGCACCUGGAGCAGAGAGGGCUAAGGUCCUUGCUGAAGGGCCCAACAGUGGCAGCUUGGUGGUGCAGGGGCUUAAACCCCCGACCUUAGCCCCUUAACCCCCAUUUCAGGAAA